AUGAAGUCUUUUGUUAUCUUCUUCACCGUGGCCAUCUGCUGUAGUUACGCAGGAGAGUUGACUAUUGUUAACCAGUGCACUGACCCAGUUACUGUGGUCAAGACUGUCCCUGGAGGUGCCCAGACAACACAAUGUCAACUGGCUGUAGGAGAAUCUUGUGUCCAAAACUACACAACUGGAGUCAUGAACUUCCGUCACAACUAUGGAUCUGGUCAUACCAUCGCUGAGUUUUCUUUCGGUAAUUCUGAUGGAAAUGACAAUUACGAUUUGAAUGUAAUCGAAGGAUUUGAUAUUGGGAUGCAGAUCAUUCCAGAAGAUGGAGGUCACGUAGCUGAAUGUGCUACUGCGUAAGUAGUUUAAAUUUUACUUACAGUAUUUUAGUAACUGUACCGACGCCUACCACAGUUCUUCUGACAACCACACUUAUGGUGUUCCAUCUGGUUCUCCUUUCACUUUGAACUUAUGCCAAUUUGACAAUGUGGACUCUUCUUCCGCUGUUUCUGCUCCAGCCACUACCCUGACCAUCAACAACCAAUGCACCGACCCAGUUACCGUAGUAAAGACUGUCACUGGAGGUGCUCAGACCGUUCAAUGUCAAUUGGCUGUUGGAGAAUCUUGCUCUCAAACUUACACUACUGGUGUCAUGAACUUCCGUCACAACUAUGGAUCUGGUCAUACAAUUGCCGAGUUCUCCUUUGGUAACUCUAAUGGUAACAGCAACUACGAUCUCAACGUUAUUGAAGGCUUUGACAUUGGUAUGCAGAUUAUCCCUGAAGAUGGAGGUCAUGUCGCUGAAUGUGCUACUGCGUAAGUGAUAAAGAAAAUAUAGCAAUGUGAUUAUUGGUUUUCUUGGUAAUUGUUUGGUGGCCUAGCUAAUAAAAUAAUUUUAGUGAUUGCACCGAUGCCUACCACAGCUCUUCUGACAACCACACUUAUGGAGUUCCUGCUGGAAAUCCAUUUACCUUGAACUUGUGCCAAUUUGAUGCCGUUUCUGGUACUACCACAAGCGCCUAA